GAGGUCGUAUGGGCGGCGCCACAGUGUGGCGCGCAGGUCGGCAUCGGUGCCUGGAUGGUGCGGGGUGGGGCGCGUAGCCCAAACAAAGCCGACACCGCCCGUAACCGACGUGCGCCGCUCUCAGACUUCUGAGCUCUGGUAGCGUCAAGCGUUGGCCGCCGACUGCCGAGCAUCACUGUUCCACUAGUAUUGUACUAUAAAAAAUUAGUGUAGCGGACGCCGUACAGUACUGCUCACUAACUUAAUCUUUUUUCUAUGUCACUAACACUCAUCGCUGUCGCAUAUUCCUCGUGGUUGACGGUUAAAUCACCGCGUUAAAAAUCGAAAACUUAUAUUAUUGUUUUUGCGAUAAUCUCGCCUCCGCUUUGCGCUUUUUAUACUCGGUAUCGUCUUAGCUGUCGCCCGGUAAUUAUUAUGGUCGUGCAUCACAGCGCGACGUCCGUCAGCAUGGAGGUGGAUCCGCCGCGGAACGCCAACAGUCCGGACGACCCGAAAACUGCUAACGGCUCAUCGGAAAACGAGAAGGCCGAGGAUUCGGAAUCAUCGGAAGACGGUCCGCUGGACGUGGGCGAACACUACCUGGUCCGCCGGUACGACGACUCAUGGCAUCCCGCUGAAGUCUUACAUACGAGGUUCAAUGAUACAGAACAUCUUUUUGAGUAUUAUGUACACUACGAAGGGUACAACCGAAGAUUGGAUCAAUGGGUACCAAGAGAUAGGAUAAUGAAUUCAAGAUUUGAUAUUUCUGAAAAAAAUUGGAAACAGAAGGAUGUAAAUAAAAAUUUAGAUCUUCUAAAUCAGUCCGACAGAAAGAUCACAAGGAACCAAAAACGAAGACACGACGAGAUAAAUCAUGUUCCAAUGUCUUAUGCAGAAAUGGAUCCAACUACAGCUGCAUUGGAAAAAGAGCACGAGGCGAUAACUAAAAUUAAAUACAUCAAUAAAGUACAGUUGGGAAAGUAUGAAAUUGACACAUGGUAUUUUAGUCCAUUUCCAGCAGAAUACCAAAAAGAAUCUAAAAUUUGGAUUUGUGAAUACUGUUUAAAAUACAGCAAACUAGAAAAAUCAUUCAAAUACCAUAUGAGCCAAUGCACAUGGAGACAACCACCCGGUGUUGAAGUGUACCAUAAAGGAUCAUUAUCAAUCUGGGAAGUGAAUUCCAGUCAACACAAAAUGUACUGUCAGAAUCUUUGUCUAUUGGCUAAGUUAUUUUUAGACCAUAAAACACUCUACUUUGAUGUUGAACCAUUUUUGUUUUACAUCCUUUGUGAAGUUGACAAAGUUGGUGCACAUUUAGUUGGAUAUUUUUCAAAAGAAAAAGAUUCACCAGAUUGCAACAAUGUAGCUUGUAUAUUAACAAUGCCACCAUUCCAGAGACAAGGUUAUGGUAAACUAUUAAUAGCGUUCAGCUAUGAAUUGAGCAAGUUGGAAGGACUUGUAGCCAGUCCUGAAAAGCCAUUGAGUGAUCUUGGUAAAUUGUCAUACAGAUCAUAUUGGUCAUGGAUAUUGUUGGAAAUUCUGAAAAAUGCUUGUGGAUCUUUAUCAAUUAAAGACUUAAGCGCGAUGACUAGUAUUACCCAAACGGAUAUCAUUUCAACGUUGCAGUCUAUGAACAUGGUGAAGUACUGGAAAGGCCAACAUGUGAUUUGUGUGACGCCUAAAAACGUUGAACAGCUGGUUAGUUCAGAACAGUAUAAACGACCAAGAUUCAUAUUGGAAGGAAGUGCUAUCAAAUGGACGCCAAAAAAGUACAAUCCUCGCCCAGGACCAUCUAGACAUUCAAGAUCACAAUACUUAGCUGGAUAAAAAAAUUGGUGCAGAUCCUGUGAAAUUAUUAACAUUACCUAGUAGUCAUUUAAGAUUUACCUAAUGUAAAUAGUUAAAACUUUUUUACAUAUAUAUUUAAAUAUAUAUUUUGGGAAGGUUUAAAUGACAAGGGCUAACAUCAGUGUUGCUGUUCGUUAAGGACUGUUAUGGAUUAUUCACAACAUACAUUGAGUUAAAAAAUAUUUUUUUCUCGGAUUGUAUCAUAUAUCCAGCGGUUAUUAAACUGUUAAUGGGUGGUGUUGUAAAUGAUUUAUGGUGAACACAAUUGAUGUGAAAUUGGCAUCAGUCUUUCAAAAAUUGUGGUUGUUCCCCAAUACCCUAUGGUGUUUGUCUUGUGUCGGUACACUUAUUAUUAGGGUUCAGCGUGAUGAUGUAUUUGCUAUUUUAAUUAAAUACCAUAUUGCAUUGUCCCUUGUCAUGCCUUUUCAUCAUGUGAUAGUAUUUUAUUUUUGACUUUUCCAAGUACACGCAUAAGACAUAAGUUGACAUUAUAAUUAUCUCAUUGUAUAUCAAUAAUUUUCUAUUUUAUAUCUUUUAUAUUUCAUUAAUUAAUGUGAAUGUGCUUAUGUUUUAGCGUAAAUAAAUACAAACUUACAUUAACUUUGGCAUUUAAUUUUAAAUAUGAGUUUCCGGUUAUUUUAUUAUAUUUAAAUAAUAAAAAAAAAAUAAGUAAACAUACUUUCCUAUAGCCGGUCUUUAUUUUGUAUUGUACUUUUUUGGUUACCUUUUUUUAAAUCCAUACAUUAUUCAUAAAUGUAUCGAUAUAUUCUGCUCUUAGCUGUACAAUAGCAAGAAUAAUGUUUGAUGCUUUUAUAUAAAAAUUUAAGUGAAUCAACCGCUUACUUAAUAUUGACAUUAGUUAAAAACCAUUCUAUGAAUGUAAUUUACAAUUCGAAUAAUAUUCGACUGUGAAAUUGUGUAAAGUAAAACUUAAGAUAACUUAUGAUAAAAAUAAUAUAUUAUUAAUUAUACUACUGUAUUAGUAUUCAGUUGUUGGUGCAAAGUGAACCUAUUAUUAAUUAAGGUUAUUGCAUUUAUUAUUAUAUUCCAAUGGGUUUUGUUAAAUAUGACAUGGCUUAUGUUUGUAGACAAUUAGAUUACUUUCUAUAUUCUUUUGUAUUGAUAGGGAAAACUGUUUAGUUUCCAUAAGACAUUUUGGUAUAAUAACUAAGAUAAUGUGGAAGUAGUUGAUGCUUAUGUAUACUAUAGCUUAAGCAGAUAAAUAUAUUUAGAUCACUGUUGAAAAUGUACCAUAUUUAGUAUCCUACUUCAAUUUGUACUAGACGGUAAUAUUAAUAAUCCUAUAUUUUUUAAUUACCUAAUAUAAAUGUGUAAACAAUUAAGAAUACUAAAGAAUUUAUUUUACUUGUCCAUAAUUUUCCCUAUAAUUAUAAAUACAUGGCCUUUUUGAUAUUAUUUCUA